AUGGACAGACCGGCUCACCGUCUCCUUGACGGCCAAGAUGCCUUUGAAGAUGCGGAAUAUCUGGUGAUUCUCGAUGAAGUACCAGAAGCGGCGAUUCAAACGAAUGCACGACCGAAGUACGACUUCAGCACGACCGCGAUCGACAGCAAUGAGAACAACAAUGGGCUGCAAUCCUACUGCAGGCACGAGAGGAAUAUCAUGAAGCUGAAGUUCAGCGGCAUACUGAAUACCGGCUACGGGCACACGAGGCAGCUCGCCAGCGUCAGGAACAGCGACAGGCACAAGAGGCAGCUCCCAGCUUCAACUCGAAGCACAGCAGCGGGCUGA